AUGGCGUAUUGUGGGGUUCCGCCUAUUGAUUUAAUUGCUCGGCACUUGGCCCGAGAGACUCAAGUGGAUCGAUUGCUUCAUCGUUGUGGUUCGAAUACUGUCACGGUGGUGAAGUUGAAGUUGGCACGAAGCAAAGAGACCAGGUUCAGCCGGCGCAUCGACCAGCUGACGGUGAACCGCUGGGCGCCCACGGUGAACCAGGCGGUGGUCAGCUGUGCGCAGGCGUCUGUGUGGCAGCCCGCUCUGCUGGCCGUGGCUGGAGCCCUGCGGCAGAAUCUCUUCAGGCCGAAGAUCGAGACCUACAACGCCAUGGCCACUGCCUGCCUGCGAUGUCAUAUCUGGUCUUGGGGCUUGCUGCUCCUGGGCUCUGCGCAGCAGAAGGGUCUGCGCCUGGACGCGGUGAGCGCGGCGUCGGCCUUUGCCAGUUGCCAGACAGAGCAGCAGUGGAAGGUGACUGGCAAAAUUCUUCAGCACCUCCGUGUGGGUGAGGACGGCGGCGUCCCCUGCGACCUACAUGUGACCAGCGCCGCCAUGACCUCUUUGGAGAAAGGCGACCAGUGGCAAGAGGCCAUAGAGCUGUUCAUCGCUUCCCAAGUGGCCAGGCUCUCGCAGAAUGUGGUGAGUUGCAGUGCCGCGAUCACGGCCUGUGAAGCAGGUCGUUGGUGGCCGGGCGCCUUCGAUCUCUUGCAGCAGAUGCGGCAGAAGGCUCUCAGGCCCAAUGCCUUCAGCCACCAAGCGGCCUUGAGCUCCACUGUGGACACUUGGCGCCAGGGCUUGAAGCGCUUCGAGUCCAUGCGACGGGAAGGCGGACAGGGUGCCCAAGGGCAGUUGUGGUGUGAAAUGGACGGUUCUAGGUUGCCAAGACCUCAUCCGCGCAUGUUACCAUCGUGGCCAACUGGGAGAGGUGAGGAGGCUCCUGCUGCUGGUGAGGCAAAAGAAGGACUGGGACAUCGGUCGUCCGCGGAGGAGGCAGCCAUGGCGAUCAGCAACAAGAAACUUCAGAAGAUCAUGACCCUGCCGAUCAACCAGAUCUUUAGAUACCUGCAGAAUCGAUCGCGGGUACAGGCCGAGUGCAUCGUGGUGAGGUCUGGUUGCACGAGCAAGCUGAUCUCCGGAUUGAGGGACGAAUCCUGGGCUUUGACGAGUGCCCUGGGAGACUGGGUCGUCCUUGGGUACAUGAACCUGGUCAUCGACGAUGCCGAGGAAGUGUUGGUGAAGAAGAAGACUCGCCGCGCGAUUGGCCACUGGGAGAUUGCUCGCUGGAGGGAAAACUUGGUUAGGACCCCGGGUGAAGCUCCCAAGCCUGAGACCGACCUAGAGCUAGGAGCCCUGUCCUCAGGUUGGGCAGUUGGACGAGGGAAAGAUCGAUGGAAAACACUUCUGCAAAUUGUGCGUUUCUGA